CCAAAAUAUUUCGAAAUGGAUGGAGUAAACAGAAAUGAGAAAACACAAUCAGAUGCAGAUGCCGUCCACAUCCAUUCUUGUCUUUGGAAGAUGUGUUGCUGCACAUGUUCACACAUCUUCCAAACGUGGUCUACUGCCCUCAUAUUUCUUUGCCUUGCUCUUUUUUUCUUCUUCUACACCAAUGAGCCUACUUCUCCUCUUCUUUCAUUCCUCCAAGAAAACAUGGCUGAACAACUUCCCAACUCCAUCUAUGAUCUCUCUGUCAAGGAUAUGGAUGGUAAUGAUGUUAACCUGAGUGAUUACAAUGGAAAGGUUCUUCUCAUUGUAAAUGUUGCAUCGAAAUGUGGUUUGACUCAUACAAAUUAUAAGGAAAUGAAUGUAUUGUAUGAUAAGUACAAAGACCAAGGGUUUGAAAUCCUCGCUUUUCCUUGCAACCAAUUUGCCGGUCAAGAACCGGGAAGCAAUGACGAAAUAAAGGAAGUUGCCUGCACAAUGUUCAAAGCCGAGUUCCCCAUCUUCGACAAGAUUGAAGUAAACGGGAAGAACGCCGCGCCUCUCUACAAGUUCUUGAAAUCUCAGAAAGGCGGAAUAUUCGGCGACGGCAUCAAGUGGAACUUCACAAAGUUUCUCAUUGAUAAACACGGCAAGGUUGUCGAGCGAUAUGCACCGACCACAGCGCCAAUGAAAAUAGAGAAAGACAUCCAGAAUCUGUUGGCAGCACCUUGAUUUCAAUGUCUUCCAAGAACAAUAUGUGUUUGUGCUGUAUAAAUAAAAAAAAGUUGGAGAUUAUGUUCAAAUUGGAUCAAAUUGGAUUUAGGUUUUAUGUGGAUUGAACAAUUCUACAUGAAAACCAUUACAGAUUGUUAACAGUGAACAAUUGUGUGCUUAUUUGGUGAUAUUUACAUUGCAUUUGUAAUUUCAUAUAUUAAUCCUGGUAUUAUUAUAA